AUGGGCGGGAUAUUAUCAAUCUUUAGUAGAGGGAACGGAGAUGCAAAUAUACCAGAUUGGAAUUUUAACCCCGAAAAUUCCACACCGACAGAAGCCGAAUUAAGCCUCCACGAACGUCUUUCGGAGCAUCUCCAUCACACCGAUAAACUUCUGGACUCAUUGCAGCGCUACGAAGGAUGUGGAGACGUAAUUAGGAAAGCAAUAUCUAAUCCCACAGAAGAAAGCCAAGAGGAAGCAUGGCAAGCUGUUCAGCCUGCGGUUGCAAA